ACACGGCACCAUGCAGUCUGCAGCGAGAAUCGCCGUUUCCGUAUUUUUGUUGUCUUCGGCUCUAGUCAGCGCGAGUCAUAACGGCGCGAAGCUACGACGGGAUGGUAUAUUGAACCUUUACCCUUUUCCAAGGGUGGGUCGUUCUCAUCACACUUGGCAGGUGCCACUCAACGACUUCAUCUUAGGAGAAUACGAACCUGAAGCGAAGCGGCAGUUGUACGCAUUCCCGCGCGUGGGCCGCAGUGAGUCGUCUAUGAUCCACCCAGAACCAUUCCGUGCAGACCAACAGCAGUCCGUUGCGAUCCGCCGUACGGACAGUCCCGGCAUGUGGUUCGGACCUCGGCUUGGCAGGGCGUUUAAAAGCGAUGAAGAUGAUAUCACUAUCCAGAACGAGAAUGAACGAAGCGAACCAGAACAAAUUGAGCUCGAUCACGUGGAAAGAAGCAAAAGGCAGAUCAAACUUCUGUAAUUGGCCCUGAUUAUUCCGCUGCAGUGUCGCCAUCCACUUCACUGAUGAUUAUCACCGAAUGCAAAUUUAUUCCGAUCUCUUAGUACCUAUAAUUAUUAAAAUACGCAGAUCUAGCAUAGUUUAGUUACAUGGUCCCAAACUUUUGGUAUAAGAAGAAUAUCUUAAAAUAACAAGCUUUUUAAUGUACACACAAAAUACUUCCUGCACUGAUUACUUCUAUAUACUAUUUAAUUUAUUUGAUGACAAAGGUAAAUCACACUCUUCAUGUAAUAAGGUCACUUUUGCAAAAUGACGACUUAUUUAGCAGAGGUUUAAAGAUGCUACGAACGAAAUGUGAUCAAGUUCUUACGUUUUCAUUAUUGUUACAUAUGGGAAAUGAAGCAAUUUUUUUUCUGUCUAAAUCGCUUAUAAUUUGUUUUUCAAUUGGUCGCAUGGUCAGUUAAGUUAAGAAAGUUAUAAAAUUUCACAUAAUAUACAUAAUAUGUUUAAUGUAGUUCGUAUAUUUUUUAUGCCAUUAUUGUGAUAGAAGCAUUUUUGACGUAUGAUCAUAUGCGGCUUUGUUAUACCAAGGAUACGAAACAACAUGUUGCGUAUUACGCUUCUCUUAAAAUAUUUUAAAAGUUAAAAAAAUACAGCGAAUAACAGUAUUAAAAACAAUAAUAAGUUUUGACUAAAACUUGACAUGUUUUUUCUGCAAAAAAAAGCAAAUCAAGU